CACAAGAGUUGCAUUUUUAGGGCAGGUAACUUUAACCACGUGCCCCAAAGGGCAACUGGAUGGCCAUUGCGCAAAGGUGCCUCUACAGCAUGUCCAGCGGGGCCAGGACGCACUGGACGCUGCCAGCAGUGAUCGUAUUGUGGACUUCUCUCUGCGGGAUCGCUUCGUCUUACCCGGUUCCGAGCAGGACUAACGCGACUUUGCUGGAGAAGCAGUGGGAGACCCUCUUCUCUCGCUCCUAUCUGGGAAUCGUCGGAGGGAAAUCGGAGCUGAACUGGGAGAGUGACUAUUUGCAGGGCAUCAAGAGAGUGCGGCGGCUCUACUGCAACGUGGGCAUCGGGUUUCACCUGCAGGUGCUGCCGGACGGCGGGAUCAGCGGCGCGCACACCGAGAACCAAUACAGUCUGAUCGAAGUGUCCACCGUGGACCGAGGCGUCAUCAGCCUGUUCGGCCUCAGGAGCGCGUUGUUCGUGGCGAUGAACAGCAGAGGAAGAUUAUACGGAACGAGAGUCUUCGGGGAGGAGUGCAAGUUCAAGGAGACUUUGCUGGCCAACAACUACAACGCCUACGAGUCUUUUGUUUACAAGGGCUUCUACAUCGCCCUCAGCAAGCAUGGCCGUGCAAAGAGGGGCAACAGGGCCACCACAGCCAUGACUGUCACACACUUCCUCCCGCGACUAUGAGAGAAACUGGCAAUAACUCAGUCAUUUGCACAUGUGGAAGUUCUUCCAGGUAACACAGAGAUGCAUAGUCAUGUGACACACACACACACACACACACACACACCAGUGGACUGCAUUAGAAAAGACACAUAUUUAUUCUGUUUAUAUAUAUAU